AAAUAUCAUUUUGGUAAUUCAUCUGGAAGUCUAUCAAUGUAUACCAGUAAUAAUGCACAAUAAAUAGUUCAGUCUCUAUUGAUGUUGCUGCGGGUGACAUUUUAAAGUCAAGAGUUACUCAGACGACUAGUGAUCUCUAAGAAGGUUCCACUCUCUUCUCGCACUCAAUCUCAUACAAUGUCCAACCACUUUCUCACCAACACCACCAACUCUGGAAUGAACAAUCUUACUGACACAACCGUGAGACAUAGUGCUGGAUCAACCGCAGGAGCUCUGAUUCUCUGCCUUUUCCUACCUAUUGGUGUCUCUGGAAACCUCUUGACCAUUUGGAGCAUCCUGGCUAGAACCCGCCACCGUUCCAUCACAACCCUCCUGAUCCUAAACCUAGCCUUUGCAGAUGGAUUCUUGAUGCUUUUGAUGCCUUUUUUCAUUGUUUAUUUGUUAAAACGCAACUGGAUUUUUACGCUGCCACUUUGCAAGAUUCUGCUGUACCUCUGCAGUGCCAACAUGUACGCUUCAAUAUUUUUGAUAACGCUAAUGAGUCUGCACAGGAUGGUGGCUGUAGUUUGGUGGAAACAUGCUGGUGUCCUGACAGACCGCAGGGUGAUUAUUCGGGUGUUGAUAGGACUGUGGAUUCUUGCUCUGGGAAUUUCAGUACCUAACUCUGUUUUCUGGACCACUUUCUGGAGUGAACAAGAGCCAAAGGUUUUAAUGUGUGCUUGUAAACAUCCACUGCCACGAGAUGUGAUACUGCAGCACUGUUUGGAAAUUCUGCUGGGUUUCUUGAUGCCAUAUGGGCUGAUCAUUAGCAGUUACGUGUGUAUCCUGCGAAGAAUUCGCAAGACUCGGUUUCGUAGGCACAUCCGAAGUGAGAAACUCAUCCUGGUGAUUGUCAUCACCUUCGGCUUGACCUGGCUUCCUUUCCACACCAUGAAUAUGGUGGAGGUGUGUGUGCACAACUCAGAAGAUAAUGGGGGAAAAACUAAUGGGAAAUCAUGA